AUGCCGCUCGUUGUUCCAGGAAUCAACUCAUCAUUUGGAGAUAAGUCCCAGUGGGUCAACAAGCUGAUGGGCAAGACAAUUAGCGACACCAGUAACGAGACAUCCUUUGCAAAGAAAGAUCUUCCUGAAACUCAUCGGGUGUUGAAGCCAGGUGACAUGAAGACCAUGGAUCAUGAUCCGAACAGACUCAACAUCCACGUUAACGAUGAUGGAAUGGUCCAUGAUGUGAAUUACGGUUAA